GAUUGUCGGGGAGUUAACUCUAAUAAAUCGUUAUGCCUUUUCACGUGGAAGAGGCUUUAUAAGACGGCCAGCCUUUGAAAGUCGUGGCACUUUGUGAAACAAUAAGAAACGUUUCGGAUUUCUGUAGUUUCCAAUAUUGUGCAUCAAAAUGGCAGCAUAUACAUUACCGGAAGGUUUCACUGAGUUUGAUAUGUUUACUUUCGGAACAGCUCUUCUCGUUGGGGGCAUGCUUGGAUUCUUCCUCAACACCAUUACAAUACUUUCCUAUCUGAGAGUAAAAGAAUUGAGAACACCAAAUAAUUUCUUUGUGUUCAACCUCGCUCUGGCUGACAUCAGCCUUAAUGUAAAUGGACUUGUUGCAGCGUAUGCCAGCUAUCUAAGAUACUGGCCCUUUGGUCAAGAAGGAUGCUCAACUCAUGCUUUCCAAGGAAUGAUCUCAGUUCUGGCAUCCAUCAGCUUCAUGGCUACCAUCGCCUGGGACAGAUAUCACCAGUACUGCACAAGGCAGAAAUUGUUUUGGAGCACAUCUCUGACUAUGAGCGCCAUUGUUUGGAUACUGUCAAUCUUCUGGGCGGCUGUUCCUCUUUCCGGCUGGGGUGAUUAUGAUUUUGAACCCAUGAGGACCUGUUGCACUCUGGACUACACCAAAGGAGACAGGAAUUACAUUACCUACGUGACAACUAUCACAGUCCUCUACCUGCUCUUCCCCGUCUAUACCAUAAUUUCUAACUACAGUGCCAUUUAUCAAUACUUCAAGAAGAUCCAUCAUCAGAAGUUUAACACCAGUAUUCCUCUGAGGGUGCUUUUGAUGUGCUGGGGCCCCUAUGUGAUCAUGUGCAUGUAUGCCUGCAUAGAGAACGUUAAGGUUGUGUCUCCUAAACUGAGAAUGAUACUCCCAGUUUUGGCAAAGACAAACCCCAUCUUCAACGCCUUUCUAUACUCUUUUGGAAAUGAAUUCUACAGAGGAGGAGUCUGGCAUUUCCUUACUGGACAAAAGAUUUCUGAUCCCCUUCCUAAGAAGGUCCGAUAAAGGAGCCUAACGUUAGUUCCAGGCCAUAUACAAUGAUCAUGUUCUCUUACUGCAAUUGGAUACACUUUGGAUUAAUUUAGUUGUUUGUUGUGGUAUGGAUUAUAUGUAUUAAGGUGUCUGUGGAUAACAAGGUCAGUAUGGCAAAGACUGUGCAUACAAAUAUCUGCCCUGUUAUAGUAAAA